AUGAAGCGUCAAAACGUCGACUACCUGCUUCAUGUGGGACCUGACGAGGACGAGGAAAACUGGAGUGGUGCGAAGGCACCCAUGGUCUUGCCGGACGGAGAGGGGAGAAAUGAGGAAGCGAGUGGACAAGGCCAGCCUGGACGGGAAGCCGCAGCGGCGGCAGAAGGGGAAGGAGCCGGAGAAUUAAGUGGAGAAGGCCCCUCUGCUGCUGAUGCUGCAGGCCUCGCGGAUGACGGGAACCAAGAGGGCGCCAGUGGCGGUGCCCGGGAGAAUGAGCAGCUACCUCAGGAGCUGGUUCACGAGGGCAUGGGAGACAACGAGGGUGUGCCGCCGCCUGUGCCAGCGCCAGCGCCAAGGUGCAAACACACCUCAAGCAACAGGUUCACCCACUGGCAGCGGCACCAGCUGGAGAGUGUUUUCCAGCAUACUCACUACAUCACUCCAGAUGUAAGGAAACAACUGGCAGCAUCCAUGGGUGUGAGUGAAGCCAAAGUGCAGAAUUGGUUUAAGAAGAAGAGAGAACAAUACCGGAAAUAUCAAAAGCCAUAA